CUUCUUCGUCCCUCUCUCUUCUCUCUCUUCUUCUCCAUAUCAGUUUGCAAUCUUCACUCGCUUGCGAUAGACAGUCUCACAAACACACUCGUUCACACUCAUUCUUCUGACAUUGCUCACCUCCCUCACUCGUUUCUACAAUGGCCAAGCGUGCCUCAAUGGCGCACGCCGCUGGCAUCUUCGCGGACAUGUCCGUCGACGGCCCUGCUAUAGGCACCCUGGUCGUCAUCGUCGACCGCGCAAAGAACCUGCCAAACAGAAAAACGAUGGGCAAGCAGAACCCUUACUGUGCUGCGCGCCUUGGAAAAGAAGCAAAAAAAACCGAAACAGACCUGCGAGGUGGUCAGACUCCCAGAUGGGACCAAGAACUUCGCUACACCGUCCACGAGUCCCCGGACUACUUCAAACUGAAGGUAUCGGUCUUCAACGACGACAAGAAAACAGACUUGAUCGGCGAAACCAUGAUCGACCUCAAACCACUCAUCAUUCCCGGGGGGAGUCAGAACGACCACUGGCACCCGUUGCAGUAUCGGGCAAAAUACGCAGGCGAGGUCCGCCUUGAAAUGACUUACUACGACACGCGACCCGAAGACGAGGCUGUGAUUGAACGGAGGACCCACGCAGCCGAAAAAGUCUACCCGAGGAAGACUGGCUUCACCCCGGUCUCAGCCAGCUCAGUCUCCUCGGCCACUUCAUCUGGGGUCUCGGGGCCCAGGCAGUUGAAGGAUGUGAAGAGACGUCCGCUGCCCGCCGGUCAUUCGUACACCCACAAGAGAGAGCUGGCCGAUAUUGUGCCUCUCAACUGGCCGAUGGAUCUCGCCGACGGACCAACUGUGAUGCCAUACCUUCCACCUCGCAGCCCGCACACCUCCGACUUGUCCUCACCGGUUGCCAUGAGCGAAUGCUCCAGCUCCGGCAUCAUCUACGGCGAGCCACCCGUUGACUACCGCGCGGAGCUCCAACGAUUGCACCCAGAUUUCAAAAUGAUGCAACCGAGAGUGGAGGAUUUCUUCGGAGAUGAAGAAGAGUCUCUCCCACCGCCACCCCCUCCCGUUCAUCGGGACGCUUUCCCAAAUCCGAUGACCGACCCAUUCUACGCCCCAAAAGAAAAGAGGCCCAUUUCACUCUCACAGGCCUCAACGGCCUCAUUUCACACCUCUGAAUACUAUGCGUCUGCCUCUUCCUCUGAGGCGGAGCCCCCAGCCUCGCUGCCGGCGCCGCUGGUGGCGGGGUAUUCGCCGCCAUAUGGGCCGGACAGCUUCAACAGCCUCAACCCGGGGCAUCGGGCUCUGCGUCCACGCCCUGCGCAGGACAUGUCGCAGGCAAUGGUGGUGACUAGACGCGGCGAGGUCGAAGCGACACAGGAAGCGGGCCCGAUCAUCGGCGACGACGGCCGCGAAAUCGAUCCUUCGGACUUCCUUCCAACCGAAACUUGGGCCCCGGAGCCCGAACGAAAAACCAAGAAAAAGCCGGGCGUCGUUGUACGCUUCCGCAGCCCCGUCCACCGGGAGAUCCCUCCGGUCGGCCACGGACACACUCCCGCGUGGACUCCAUCCUCUGAGGGAGCUCUUUCUCCUUCUUCGUCAUCGAUCGCCGCGCACGCUUACGUGCCACCCCCUCCCCCGGGCGAUCAUAUGCAUACCCACCCGGCGCCGACCACUGCACAUUACGGCCACAUGGAUGGAAAUCUCGAUGCUCUGAAUAGAGAGCUGAGCAUGAUAGAUAUUGGAUCAGGACGUUAUGAAGAUCGCGGUGUGAAAAGAUACACCCUUAGUUAUGUCUCUCGAUAGAUUCACCUUUAUGUCUUUGGGAUAGCUUGUUUUGCUGAUUCUGCCGAUUAGCGGUUUGUUUUUUUUUGUCUUUUUCCCCUGCAAAGGGAAGGCGUUUUCAGAACGCAUUUCUUUUCGUCUUUUUCGUUCCCCUUCGAAGGGAGGGCGUUUCCAAAACGCAUGUCUUUUCUUCUGGUUUUUUUUUUUUUUUCUUUUCUUUCCCC